AUGGAUGUGUUCUUCUGGCGGCUUUUUCUGGGAUCCGCCACUGUCCUCGCUGGGUUCACAAGCUGGUCGCUAGUCUGCCUGAUUCUCAAUGUCCGAGAGGCGCGGUCAACAGGCCUUCCGUAUGUGAUUUUACCCUGCUCCUUGCUGGGGGCCCCAUGGCUGCUGAGCCAACCAGUCGUGCUACCACUGCUGAAGGCUCUUCCCCGGACUUGGACUUCUAAGUGGCUCCCGCUGUUGAUCUUCAAUGAUGGGUGGCAUCUUGGAUACACACCCUUCGAACAGGUCGGAGCCGAUACUUUCUUGGCAGUCUCGCCGGGGGGCUUCGUGCUCUAUACCUGCGACCGUCACGUCUCCACACAGCUGUUCCAAGAUGGUAGAUUUGGAAAACCGGCCCAUCUCAUGCAGGUGCUGAACAUAUACGGACCGACGAUAACCGGUACUGAUGGGCCUGAAUCGCGAUUAUACCGACGGAUCACUGCGCCUUUCUUUCGAGAGGAUACCCUACGCCAGGUGUUUACGCACGCUAUUGAAGGAGCACAAGUACUUGGGCUCGCCUUGAACCAGCCAGCAGCGUAUCACCAAUUACGCACGCUGGCUGCUCGACUAUCAUUGAAUUUACUUACCCGCAUCUGUUUUCAAUCUCAGAACCAAGAAGAUCUGAUCGAAGCACUGUCGUUCGCCGAUCUCCCCGCAAAAGGAUACCGAAUGACUUACAGCGAGGCUAUGCACACGCUGUUGGAUCAGUAUCAAACCGUCUUCCUCUUUCCUAGACAUUUUCUCAGUAAGAUUAACAACCAUGUGGAGCACCGUAGUCAUGGCGUUGCUAAUCAAAGCCGUAUCAGCAUGGACAAAGAAUAUCUUUUAAACCAGAAGGGCACAGCGUCAUUGGGCGACCUGAUUGUCCAGGCUGGUAUCAGCACCGAUUCCUCCACCAGCCCUAUCCUGCAGCCCCACCAAGUGAUGGGCAAUGUGUUUCUCUUCAUGUUCGCCGGCCAUGAAGCCAACGCCAACACUCUGACCUUCGUAAUCCUUCUUCUUGCCUGUCAUCCUACCAUCCAAACUGCAGUGCAGUCAGACCUCGACAAGAUCCUAGAGAACACCCCGCCGAGUCACUGGUCCUACGACACCCAUUAUGAACCGCUCAUGCGCAGCUUAGUCGGAGCAGUCAUCAAGGAGGCUCUUCGACUCUUCACUGUCCUCCCAGUCCUUCCAAAAUAUGUGCCACCCUCCGGACCGGCCAUCCCUAUUGUUGUCUCCGGCCAAUCUCACCCAUUGCCCCCGGGAACCGUGGCUUUCGUAAAUACCAGCGCCACCCACCGCCAUCCUCACUAUUGGCCCGCCGUGAACGACAAAUCCGAGAAAUCAUUCAACCAAGAAGAUCCUACCCUUCGGCCUUAUCCUACAACAGAUUUCAACCCAUACCGCUGGCUUGAAACACAACCGUCGGGGUCAGCACCCGACAAUGAAGAUCGUUCGCGUAGCUCGACAGGUUUUACCCCGGCCCCCGGCACUUUCGUCCCCUUUUCUGAAGGCUCGCGCAAAUGUCUCGGUCACAAAUUCGCCCUUGUUGAACUCUGCGCCGUAGUCGCCAUGCUUUUCCACCAAAACUCCGUUUACCUUCUUACCGAUCCAGAAGACCCAAGUGAUACCUGGGCAGCAGCCCGUAUCCGGGCUGACCGCGCGCUUUCGGAAGGAGUCAAGUUCAACAUGAGUCUGCGAAUUACUCAGGACGUGCCAAUCCGGUUUGCAACAAGAAAGACCAAAGCGAUUUAA